AUGCCUCCUGUGAGCUUAUCUCCUCUCCUCAUGCGCACAGUUCUGAGGCCGCUCAGGGGCCGCCCAGGAGCCCCACGGUUUGGCUCCUUCAGACUGACAGCUCCUCCUGGUGGCUCUCUUCCUCUGAUCCUCAUCCGUGCAGACUGCAGUGCCGAGCGUUUUCUCCUCCUUCUGUUCUUCGCGGCUCGACUGAAUAAUGGCCUCAGGCUGUUGCGGCGAAAGUAA